AUGUCAAGACCAAUAAGUGUCAGAGCACUACAUAAAGACGUUUUAUCCGCUGGCUCUUCCCGCUCGAGUUCGCGUGCCCGCACGCCUAUGCCAGAUGGUGAAGAAAAUGGCUCUUUGGAUGUGAAUUUCAGCUCACUUGAAGAGUUGCUAUCACAAAAGUUGGAGUCCUUGCAACAGCUCCUCUACCUGGCCGAGAAUGAGGAGGAGGAGAACAGAGACUCCAUGGUGGCUAAUUCUCAGGACUUUAGACAGAAGAAUGCAGAUGCGAUUAACAGGGCUAGAAUCCAGUCAAGCGCUACCGGCAUUAACGACAUCAUCAUCUCCUUGCUGCAUUCCCGAGCCGAAGUGUCAUCGCUGUCUCGAGAAAUGCUUUUGGCUCAGCUUUACAAAGUGAUUGUUACCAAGCCAAUUGUUGUACUCAAUGAGGAGAACGCUGGCACCAAGGAUUACGUGGGAGAAGAGAGUGUGCUGGUAUUGGUAAAACUCUUGACUUCUGGCGAUUAUAGGUCUGCAAGUGAAUUCAUUUUGCUUUUCAGAUCGGUCAUCAGUUUAUUGACCAGUGAUCUCGAGGACUAUGGUGAAUUGGUGAGCACUGACUUCCUUGCGCACCUAGAGAAGUUGAUUCUGGAGCCUCCAACUGCAAAUGUGACGAAUGAAAAUAAGGCAAGCGUUAUUACAGGUUUCUGCGGUUUGCUCUUAGUGUUGUAUGCCGACACUUCGGCAUUCGGUGUUGACGACAAGAUCAAAUGGCUCUUAGAGUACUCUCAAGGGUUUGUACAAAGUUCCAUCAAUCUUCAGAAGCAGUUGGAAACCGGCGACCGUGAAUAUUCCACAUUGAUGGAUGAGAACGAUGACAAGCGUUUGGUCAACGAGCAGGAGAGCAAUUUGCGUGCUGAAGCUGGCAUUGCAAUUGCCGGAUUACACGGAGUUGCUGUUCUUCUCACUUUGCUUCAAAAGGGAGAAUAUCUCAAUGAGUUGCUCAACUUUGUUGCUACCGAGAUGGUCGAAGUCAUCGACAAUGACUUCAACACGGAUUUGGCGAAAGCUGGUGCCAAGGUACUUGCUCUAUGCUACGAGUUGUAUACUUAUGAGGAUGACAAGGAUUCUGAAGAGGCAGAUGAUGAAUUCAACUACAAUGCUCCAUAUUACGAGCAGGAGUCUAUCAUUUCAAUUUGCAAUCGUCUAGCAAACACCACUGCCAAGAAGAUCGGCAAGAAGGACAAGAAGGAGACCAACUCUGUAUUUAGAGAGGUAGUCAACGCCAUCGAGAAUUACACGAAUGCCGAGAAGAGGGAAGAGAUUUACAAGCGGUCUCCAGUUGGUUUAGAGUUACUCACUGCAUCCCUGAGCUCCACACAUGUGAAAUUGUCUCGUUCCAAGUCGCUUUCUAUCAACAGCUGGUUCUUAUAUUUCAGAUUGUUGCAUCUAAAAUGGUGUUUCGGGUUUGGUCUCCAUGAUCAGCUUGUGGGAAAUGACCGCAUCAGACCCAUUUUGAGAGAGCCAUUGACGAAGUAUCAGGAUAAGUACAACUAUGAUUCGGAUGACGGAUACAGCGGAGCAGGAUUUGGAAGAAAUGCCAGGUCUGACGUGGAGAGAUUCGCAAAGGCUGAUAAGAAGAGAGACAGCGACCUAAAGAAGGCCAGAGUCAACAAGAUAACUCAGGCUAUUGAGGGACUUGAGUUGCAAAAGUAA